GUGUUGACAGAAAGGAUGUUUAAACAUUUUCGGAAAUGGUUUGUCAUGCACCUCUUCCGGCGUUCUCGGCAAAGGGCAAGGCUGGUCUCCAAGGAUGGAAGGUGCAACAUAGAGUUUGGCAAUGUGGAGGCACAGUCACGGCUCAUAUUCAUUGUGGACAUCUGGACAACUGUGCUUGACCUCAAAUGGCGAUAUAAAAUGACCGUUUUCAUCACGGCCUUCUUGGGGAGCUGGUUCCUCUUUGGUCUUCUGUGGUACGUGGUCGCCUUUGUACACAAGGACCUCCCGGAGUUUCACCCUCCUGCCAACCACACCCCCUGUGUGGAAAACAUCAAUGGCAUGACUGCAGCAUUUCUGUUUUCUCUGGAAACGCAAGUGACCAUUGGGUAUGGAUUCAGGUGUGUGACAGAACAAUGUGCCACUGCCAUUUUUCUGCUGAUCUUCCAGUCUAUACUUGGGGUUAUCAUCAACUCCUUCAUGUGUGGUGCCAUCUUAGCCAAGAUCUCCAGGCCUAAGAAACGUGCCAAGACCAUUACCUUCAGCAAGAACGCAGUAAUCAGCAAGCGCGGUGGGAAGCUUUGCCUCCUGAUCCGAGUGGCUAAUCUAAGGAAGAGCCUUCUUAUUAGCAGCCACAUCUAUGGGAAACUUCUGACAACCACAGUGACCCCUGAAGGGGAGACCAUCAUUUUGGAUCAGACCAAUAUUAACUUUCUGGUCGAUGCUGGCAAUGAAAAUUUAUUCUUCAUCUCCCCACUGACAGUUUAUCACAUCAUUGAUCACAAUAGUCCCUUCUUCCACAUGGCAGCAGAAACACUCCCCCAGCAGGACUUUGAAUUAGUGGUGUUUUUAGACGGCACAGUGGAAUCAACCAGCGCCACCUGUCAAGUGCGGACAUCUUAUGUCCCAGAGGAGGUGCUUUGGGGGUACCGCUUUGCUCCCAUAGUGUCCAAGACCAAGGAAGGGAAAUACCGAGUGGAUUUUCAUAACUUUAGCAAGACUGUGGAAGUGGAGACCCCUCACUGUGCCAUGUGUCUUUACAAUGAGAAAGACGGGAGAGGCAGGAUCAAGACAGGCUACGACAACCCCAGCUUUACCUUGUCAGAAGUCAAUGAAACCAAUGACACUCAAAUGUAGCAGGAGCUUUUCAAUUCGAGCAACACUGAUUCUUUAGUGUAACUAGUGCCAGAAGUAUUACAAACCAAUCAACAAUUUAGGAGUAAGAAAGUAGGAUAAAAGUCUUCAAAAUCUAUCAGCACUAUGACCCCUGGUAAAUGUGAUCCUGAAAGACUGGCGGUUCUCAAAGCUACUAGAUUGGAACAUGCAAUGCAUUUGUAAGAAACUGGCUUACAGAAACCAUAUGCACUCGCUUGGAUCUUGACCAU